GUCGCGCUUGGGCCCUCCGGGCUGCGCCGCUCCCCAGUGCCCUGGGCUGCAACGCUGGUCUGCGCCUUAAGCCGCCUCCACGGGGACUUCGGAGCACGCAUGGACCUGCCCGCGCCCGGCGGGAAGCGGCCAGGCUGGAGGUGGCCGGGGCGGCGGGGCAGGGCCGAGGCAGCGGGCUCCUGAACGCGCGCCCUGCAGGCCGGGCCGCAGCACCAUGAUGCCCGGCGAGACGCACCCAGCGGCUCCCGGGCCAGCCGACCUCGCGCGGUGUCAGGGCUGCGCCUCCCUGCAGCAGAACUUAAAUGAAUAUGUCGAAGCAUUAAUUGCCUUGAAACAAAAGAUCAUUAAUACAGAUAACCUGCUGACGGAAUAUCAGAAGAAAUGCGAUGAGCUGCAGUUCGCAAGAAGGGAGAACACUAUGCUGCAUCACCAGGUGGAGCAGAUGCUUCAGAAAAUAUCCCCCCUGCAGAAAUGCCAAGAGGAACUGGGGUCCCUGAGAGCAGAGCUGGAGGAGAAAAAGAGUUCUCUGAAGCUGUAUCAGGACACUCACCAGGAAUAUGCUCGUGUGAAGGAAGAAUGCCUGAGAACCGACGCCCAGAAGAAGAAGCUAGAAGCUAAGGUGAAGAAGCUGGAAGAGGCUGCUGUCAAGCAAACUCAGGACUUCAAGCAAUUGAGAACUGAAAAGAAAAUACUUGAAAAGGAAUUUAAGAAGACACAGGAAAGGUUUGAAGAAUUUUCCAAACAGCAGACUGAGAGGGAGUUGAGACACAUUGGAACACAGAUCUCAAGUGACUCUCAUGGAAGCAUAGAUAAAAGGAAGGUGAAAGUUCUCUUGAAAGAGCUGUGGCUCUGUGUGAACACUGCUCACAGGCUGUCUGGGGAGAGCGGCAGGCGCAUCCCAGAAAAACCUGCCAAAGAAAUCAGUGCAUCCAGAGCUUGUGGGGAAGAUGAAUUGCUCCCAAGCCAAGGCAGUCCUGCCAGGACCUCCGAUAUGCAUUCCUUCCUCACCAAGCUGUCUAUGGAGGUGGAGGGCGACUUUACUUCCUCUGAAAGUGCAGAAGAAGAGCAGCCCAGUGGAAUGAGCCCUAGCGCUGAGCAUGCCCUUUGUGAAGAAAGUCAUCCCAAAGUCUCAGUGCAGAGGCCUGGUGAUGGCAACAGGACCAAUGUCUAUGACCAUGAACAUUUUUUUGACGAUGAUCUUCAAGCUGCAAUUGACUUCUUCAAGCUUCCCCCUCCUCUUCUGUCUCCAGUGCCCUCGCCACCUCCAGUGACAUCACCACACCUGGGCUCUUUAUCUUCCUCCCUGGCUCAUGAAUCCUUCUUAGGGGAGUUCACAGAUUCCAGCGACACUGACUCCGCCCCACUCAGAAACUCUGCGGAGGCAGCUCCAGAGGAUUACACAGCGGAGUUUCGGAGUUACCUUGACUUGCUUGACAAACUGAAAAGGAGUGACGUGUGCCUGGAAAAGCCCAGGCCACUGGAAGCUGCCCAAGCUGCAAACAGGGUGGCCCCUGUUGGGUGUGACAGCAGAAGAGGAGCACUGGGAGAGCCCUCCACGUCUUCUCUAGCAUGGGGAAGACACUGGAUAGCAUCGCCUGCAUUUGGGAGGCAUAGGGGAGACACCGUAGAAGAGGCAGAAGGACAGGCAGAGGCCCAGGACGUGGGUGAAUCUGUGCGAGUCGGGAAAGGGCUGCUUACACACAACAGGAGGCCGUGGGUGGAGAGGGCGUCCAGAAGCCCAGUACGAAAGAAGGAUGCCAGAGCUGGAGAGUCAGAGGUGUGCUAUUCUCCCCUGGGCAAGAGGACAUUCAGUGAACUCAUAGGAUCUGAAGGAAAAAUGCUGCCAUCAAAAGCAUGCUCACCGCAGUCAGAAUUUACUAAAUGGACACUCCCUGGUGAAUUUGCUUCCAGGUCACACCGUGCGAUGGACUCUGGCCAUUUUCAGAGAAAGGAAAAAGAUGUGCAGGAGUCUACUCUGGAGUCAGGCGUUUGUGCAGCUGCAGCAGGGCGUGGCCGUUCAGACAGUCUUCCUUCCUCCUCCUUGUCUACCUCUGUGCCAGGGUCUGUCUGCAGUAACCUCAAGGCUUCGCAGCUAGGCUAUGUCAGUGCACGGACUCCAGCAGAGGUAACCUGCACGGACCUGCCUCGUGUAGAACAAAAGUCAUCAACUAGACCUGUAAACACAUUUCUUCUGUGGUCUGAGCCAGCAGCACAUUUUCCAAAAGCAAAUGACCCAGAAAACCACCUGCCUGCUUUGAGUCCCAAAUCAAAACUAGGAGCAUCUACGUUUAGUAACUGGAAGAACAGGGGCCCGGAACCUGGAAACCUGUUCAAAAGCACAGCGAAUACACACCCACUUCCCCAGUCAGUAUUUCAGAAGCCAGCCAGAAGUGGGCAGUGUGGAGACCGAGGCCCAGGCAUUGCGCUCACCCUGCCUAAGUCAGACUGGACUUCCUUAGCACGCCCUCAGGCUGGCUUCACCAGGAGGAGCCCUGGUUCUGCCGACAGCACCUCAUGGCACCGGAGUGCUGUCCUGAGGACAGGUGGGGAAGGCAGUCCCAGGGCAGACACAGAACAUCCACAGAAGAGCAGGCUUCAGCCGGAGAAGGCGGAGCCAGCCUCACAGAACAGCAGACUGACAGCAGCACUGGGACCUCCUGAGGAAAGUGCCGUCCCUCGGGGAUGCAGAGCAGCCGCCGCUCUGCUGCCAAACCAAGUGUCAGUCAUAACAAAGCAGGCAAGACCCGAGAGGGUGCGGAGUAGCAGCCUGGAGCACUGGCAGCCACCUGAGAGCACACCGAGUCCCUCUGUAGACAGUAGUGAGGACACGGGCCCUACGUCAUCGGCAUCGGAGUGUGCUGGAGACGGGGACCCCACAGCACAGGGCACCGGCAGGACAGCCGAUGCGGAAAGCCCGGCUCCAGAGGUUUCUGUGUCUUGGCGAAAGUCAAGUUGUGAUUCUCCAAGUGGCUCGGUGUCAUCAGAGAACUUUGGCUCUACAGAUAAGUUACCUUUUUCCUCUGCAGACAACCUCAUCCAGAGCCUGAGCGCCAUGAGUGACCUGCAGAAGCCCAGGAGCUCGCCCCAUUCCACCCCGUCAGGUGCCAGUAGGCUGGAGGCUGGGACACUACUUCCAGCUGAGGUAACGUCCAGAGACUGUCCUGCUAGACAGGCGCCCUGCGGAGCUCAUCACCAGGCAAGCCCUGAAGCCCCUGCAGUUGCAAGACAUUCUCAUAGUACUCCGCAAAAUGUCAGUACGCCUCCCAUAGUGCCAAGCAGGGCGCUUCUCAGAGCCCGUGUCCCCACUGACCCUGUGUGUCCUUCAGUUCUUGGCAGCACAGAGGAGGAGACUCAGAGCGCCUCCCACAGUAGUCUUCCUGGGACUUCUUACUGCUACACAGGCAUCAGAGAGCAGAGAAAGUCCACUGAGGCAGAGGAUGAGUCCUUCAGCUCCAGCGAGGGAGAGCACGAGGCUGAAGCUAUGAUAGGGCCCAGGCAGCAGGAUGCAGCAGGAGACUCGCAGAGACCUUUGGGAGACCCAGAAGCUGGGGUGAAUGAGGCUGGGCUCACCCCAGAUGUAGGUGAUCUGACCUCAGCUCUGCAGGAAUGUAACUUAAGCACCUUUCUUUACAUGGACAAGCUUUCUACGUCAGAGGUGGUUAUGUUUCUUGAAAGUUGUCAGUUAAGGGAUUAUAGUUCAAGGGCCUCUACUUCAGAAUGUUCUAGCAAAGGAACUCCAGAUAAAGAAAUGGAUAAAGAGUUCAAGCAAAACGAAAUCUUCAGUAAGAGCCAUGGGGAGAGGUUCCAUGAAGAAGAACUACUCAGAGCCUCAGAAGUGUGGGUGGAGUCAGAGGGAGAAGAAGCCUGCUGUGUCGAGAAUCCAAGCCAGCAUGCCCAGUGUCCUCCACAAGUGCCAUCUGACAUUCCCCCCAAGUCUGGGGGCGAAGGGAAGGAUGCCGAGCAUGCACUGCCCUCAAGUGCGCAUCACAGCCAGACCACUGAGGAGCUAACAGAGAACACUCCGCCCGAGGAAGCGUCCAGCUCCAUGCCCCACCCUGCAGAGCUCCCUGGACCAGCAGCUAUGGAUGCGGGUGCGGGUGGCAGCUCCCCACUGAGUGGCAGGUCUGACCCUGAGCCCAUUCAGAGCAGAUCUGAGAACGAGACCAACUACGAGGACUGCCCCAGCAGUGGGGAGGAGGGCCUGGCAGAACCUGAGGAGCUUUUGGCCCUGAGCUCUGACUCUCCGGCUCCACCAAGGAUAGAGCAGAGCCCUACCUGUGUGGCAGAGACGGCGUUUCGCUGUCAGAUCUCCGCGGUGACCUCGGAAGUUAUAAGUGUGCUUAUAAAUAAGAAUCAAGACCUCGUGAUUGAAAAGGGGGACAACUGGACUAUCAUCAGUGGCAUGGCCAUCUCCCCUGGUAUGGAGCAGGUAGUCCUUUGUGACACUCUGGAAGCUUUUGCUUCUCAGGGUCUGGAAGGCCUAGACCAUGGUUCUGUGGAGAAGUCCCCUGAAGCCAGUCCUGCUGGCCCUCUACCUCAAGAGCCUCCAUGUGCCGGUGGCCUCCCUGGUGCCCAGGAGGAUGUUUCCAGUGGCGGACAGAGUGCCAGCUUUGAUAAGAGCCGUCUUCGGAACAGGCCCAUGAAGCCCAGCGUCUGGAUGCGUUCUCAGAUACAUGACCAAACGCUGGAAACCGAGAAGGUGGCAUCUGAUCACACCUACUGUAACUGGAAGUUAGAACCACUUGGGAAGAGCAAGACUCGGUCAAAGAUUUCCAACAAAGAUCAGUCAGGCAAACUAGCGAAGACUCCAGGACUCAACAACAGAGAGGAGAUGCAUCUGAGUGAAGGCACUCAGCCAGAAUCAGGAGAAAGAACAAACACAAAAACAGCAGGAGGCCAAGCUCAGUCCACCACAGCAGGUGCAGAUGUGUCCACUCCUACCCACGGUUCCCCUGAUGCUCUGAGCAGGAUCCGGCAAGAAGUAGGGCCUCCGCUGCCUCCCCUGCUCCCCCCACUGAUAGCCACACCUCCAAGGACAUCACGGCCACUGUCUAGUCCGUCCUCCCUGACCUCACCUGCUGGCCACAUUUCCCCCUUGUGUGAGAUUUCAGGGCCUCCUGUGUUGUCCCCAUGGCCUGAAGAACUCCAGCAGGCCUCCCCCCUGGAUCCCUCUCCAUCCCCGUCUACCGCAGCAGCCAGCGGGAGGAUAGUGUCCUCUCCUCUGCAGUUCUGUGCUGCCACACCAAAACACGCCCUCCCUGUGCCCGGCCGGCUCCCGUCCUGUGCGCCUGGCCAUGCUGCUAUGAGUGGGCCGCAGGAAAAUUCCGUAAAAAUCCUUGACACGAUGUACCCAGAGUUGUCUGCCAGGGCCCGGACCCUCAGCCUCCUCAAAGGGAACAUGCAGCUGUCCCGAGGCUCCUCUGUGGAUGGAAAGGUGUUGCCAGGGCGCGUCAGUGCCCUCAUAGGCCUCAAAGCCAUCACCUCAACAUCGACUGCUUUUGUCCUGACGGGGGGCAGCUCUGGUGGUGACAGUAGCCAAGGUGAGUCCCAAGAUGUCCAGCAGGAUGCCCGUGGGAAAAGGACCCUGGCAGCGUCCAUACUGAGGAGCGCUAAGAGACUGCGCCUGGACAGUGAGUCCCCAGAGGCGGACCCCAGCCAGGCCACUGCAGAAGGCGUCCCCGAGGACCCCCCAGCGGGAAUCUCAGCAGCCCACAUUGUCCCAGCCGAGGAAGAGCAAACUGCUGCCCUGGUCUGCAGUCCAGCAUCAGUGCUGCAUGCUAGACCACGGGACAUGGCCGAGUCCUAUAGCAUAGCCAUUGCUCGGGCACUGAGGAAGAUUGCUGAGUCCUCCUUUGACCUGCUGCCUGUCAUCCGUAGUCACGUGUAUGUGGGCAAUAUCUCCAAAAAGCCUGUCAUGAGAGACCAAGAGAAGGAAGUUGUUUAUGAAUUUAGCACGACAAACAAGCAUUUAGGAGAGUACUUACUUCGCUCUAUUCUCUCAGAGCUAAAGGUUCAGAAGACAUCUCUGGACCAUAGCUACAUCCAUGCACUGUGCAGAGUAUAUGUGGGCAUCUGUCGGCAGCUGGGAGACUUGGAAAGAGCUCGCUUGUUCUGCUACAGCCUUCUGAAAGAAGACUUUCCAGAAUCUGAGAAGUUGACGCUAUUCAUUGCCAACAUGUGGCGUGAAGUGUUUCUCUCCCAGUCAGCCAUUAGUGAAGCCAUGCAGCUGGUUGCCAGGCAGCGUGCCAGAGGGGAGGUUCUGAACUGCUUGAGAGCAUUUCUCAGCUGGGAAAAGAAUGCUCCCAUAGAUGUUGGAAUCGUGGUUUCUAAGCUGCUUUUGACCAUACAGCUAUGCCCCAAAACAGAGUUUCAGUUGAGUGAAGAGUUUGGUGAGGACCUCAGUGCAAACAUUUGGGAAUACAUAUUCGCCAUUGAUCUCCUCUGCUGCCACCAGAGGUGGAUUUGGACGCAUGAUAACAUCAUAAGUAAGGAGCUGUGGCCUGUAAUGGACAAGUGGAUCAAGUACCGGAAAGGACAUUCGAACAUUGCGUACACCCCUGACGUUAUUGUGGCGUCUGUGCUGAGGCUGAUCGGUCGACUGGGCCAGUUGGGUUUGAAGGAAGGAUUUCCAACUGCCGUGAAGAAUAUCAGCUCGGUUAUUGGCAUGUUCAUACAACACGCUCAGGAUGAAGAUAUCCCGUGGGGUGUACAGCUGGCAGCUGUUUAUGCCCUUUGUGACUUGAGUCCUAGCAACCCAGCAGAGAUAUCCAAGAUCCUGGAAGCUUGGCGGACACAGACGUCCAACACUAUUCCCUCUGCAAUCGUCAGCUGCCUGGAGGAGGUCGGCUCCCUGAGCGCUGAGGGCUCGGCUGACUCGGCGGGAGGCUCUGCACCCUGAGCUGGAGGCCGGCUCCCCGAGGAGGAGGGGUCCCCUGAAGGUCAUGGUCCUAUGCGGAGAAGUGCCUUGACACCUGUUGUGAGGAGUCACCUGCCUUCAGCUAAGAGUCCAGCAGAGAAGGCGGAAGGCAGGCGGAUGACAGUGCAAGGCUCCCGUGUGGACUGUGGGGAUGGCCACUCAGGCAGCAGAGCCCUGGGGUCUGCACAGAUAGACAGUGCUGUCUGUGACGUCUCACAUGGGAUGGCAUUCCACUUUCGGAAUUUUUGUACUUGUAUAUAGAAAUGGGUUUAAUAACUCACUGUGAUUAUGAUUUGUCUUAUAUUCAUCAUUUCUUAAAAUUCUUGUAUGUGUUUUUAUAAUAAAAAAUAAAAGCCAGCCAUAUGCACUGUU